AACCGGAAUGCUGGAAAGCGAAUUAACGCUACCGAGUGUACCGAGGAUGCACUCUGCGUCGAUUUGCAUUCCGGCAAGAACGGCGAUAUACAUUUUUGUAAUAACCGACGACGGGACACGAUUUUCUUUGAGGCAAUUACGUCAGCAAGUACAAAGGAGAAGGAAAGAUUUACGCGUUAAGCAAAAAAAAAAAAUGAAAACAAAAGUCAGCACGAGCGAUGCGGCGGAGUCUCGCGUGCACGCACUGCAUGCUCGCUUCCUACAAUCAGCUGACUUCCGGUACCACUGUGAGACGUUGUUAGGAUGUUAACGAGGUGUUUCGACAGUUUCGUUUGACGGAGAGGUGUUCUCGGUUUUUUUUGUUUUUCACAAAAGAAAACGCGCGCGGGACACAGACUCCCCAGCAAGCGAAACUUGUGCGAGUCGUGCGUUUUUUCCUCUAUUCUCAUCCCACAGUUCCGGCCGGAACGGAGCGAUGUGGAUCUCCGCCUAACCACACACACACACAGCGUAACCGCAUUUCUCAAGGCUCGAGUACCGCGUGCCGUUGCCCGACUUCGUAGCGGGUGAUCUCGUGUCGCGCCACAUGGAUGCCGCGUAACACCGUCGCCGCCGAUCUCGUGGAUAAUAUGAAUUCCGAGGCGAACGAUGGAGACGGUCAGGACAAAGCAGAGGUCAGAGUGGACAUCGGUCUGAGGAAUGACAAUCAGUCCGUGGACCAGGGCGCUGUGGCGUCCAAGGUACAGCUGGAGAACGGGGCCGAGGGACAGCUGAGGCUGAACAACAACGGCGGCGAGAGUAACAACGUCAGGCUAGUCCUGCCAUCCCGAACUCCCGUCGUGCUUUCCAACGGGACAAAGUCCGUGCAAACCUCCGUGUCCGAUUGUGCCAACUCCUUAGAGCAGAACGUUUCUCAAGACGUGAACAUAUCUUCCAUGUUUACGAACGCGACCGCCAAUAUCAAGCCUCAGACUGUGAACACCAAUACCAUUAAUUGUCAAUUGAAGCAUAAGACUGUUGUGAAUGCAAGCUCAUUGAAUCUGCCUAAGUCCCAAAUGCACUUGAAUCUAUCUUCCACUCAGGCGAAUGUACACCACAAUCAUAACUUAGCGUCAGCCGUUCUUAAUUCUACUGCAGCCACCAGUGCUACGUUACAUUCGAGUGUAUCUACGUUAAAUGUAUCAGUAAUGCCUCCUAAUUUAUCAACGAUUAAAUCAAACGACGAUGUGGACAUGAAGAAUAAUGUGGAUUAUGCGUCUGCCAUAGAGAAAUGCCCGUCUAAGGUUUCUUGCAGUUCAGAUUCUAGUCCAGAGGCAGACUGUUCCUGGACAUCAAAGUCCUAUGGAUCUAAACGUGUACUAAAUAAUAUAGGUGGUAGUAUAGGUUCGACAAGUCAGGGUACUUGUUGUUUUUUGAGACCUAAUAUCAAUGGCAGCAGAGAAGUUGCAGGACCUAGUGGGCUGCAAAGAAAUUUACAGAGAGAACAGAUGGAACGAAUGGAUUCUAGUUCUGGGAAUGAAGGCGAUAUGUCUGAUGGAGAAGACUAUUGUAUUUAUACUUAUAAAGGAAACGACGAUGUGAUUCAUUUAGAUCAACAAGAAGAAUUGAAUCAGGACCAUGUAGGGAAUCGGGAAGCAGAGGGACAGAACCAUAGUGGUAGGUCAAGUCCAGAGAUGGAUUUUCUGGAAAUGGACUUUGAUCCCGGACCUUCCUGCGAACUGGAUACUGGUGAUAGCGAUUUGGCCUCUAUAAAUGAAGAUAUACAGAAUAUAGCGUUAGAUAAUAUAGAGCAAGACCCAGUGUUAAAUGAUCUGAGUAGUGGAAAAGUUGUAUCUAGACAGGGACUGGUAGCGAUACCACUAACUACAAAACAGACUGUACAGCAUGUUAAUCAUACCACUUUCCAACAAUGCACAAGUAAUCAAUGUACAGUAGAACAAAGUGCAAAGUCAACUUAUUCAGCUCCAUGGAUGCCUAGUACUAGCGCUGGAACUGGAAGAUGGGACAGUGCGACACUCUAUCGUAAUACAGGUUGCCCAGUACGCGAAUCGUACGGUUAUCACAGUACAAGUGGUGACCUUAUAUCGCCCGGUGAUAAUAGAGAUUCGGAUUCCGAAUUAUGGGUCGAUUCAUCGACUGCAUCUCUCCCGGAUAAUUCCAAUUUAAAUGCCAGGAAGGUUAAUCUCAUUUCUACGCUUUAUCAUCGAAUAAUGGCUAAAAAACUAAUGCUCAAUAAGCAUGCUACGUUUAAUCAAAGUGGUGAUUCCAAUCUGGAAAAUGAAUUGUGUAACGAACGGCUAGAUGGGUUACCACCAGUUGAAAAGGUUAUGCUGUGGAGUGAACAAGAAGCCACAAUGAAGCAAGUUACACAAAUUGGUACUUCCGCCUGUGGUGCUACAUCCGCAAUUAAUGCUUUGUUGGCCUUAAAUAUAUCAUUUUCUCUGGAAGUAUUAGUGAAAGGUGUAAAUACGAGAUUGAGGGAGCUGGGUGUACCGCUACCGAGGUAUCUUGUUAGUCGUUCGGUAGCGGGGGCAACUCAUAAGGACAUAGCACGAGGGAUAUCUCUGUCCACAAAUGGUGCUGCUAUAACAAAGUUCUUUGCGUUUUAUCCAGAAAGAAAGGUGUCAUUAUCACAUUGGUUGCAUUAUUGGAUCUCUAAGGGAGCUGCACCAAUUGCAACAUUAAAUUUACAACAUUGCGGAGAAGGUUGUGAUAUACCGGACGCAUGGCAUCAUCAAAUGAUAUUCGGUGUAGGACAGGCUGGUAUAUACUUGACAAAUCCCUUAGAAUGUUUGCCUGAACAGCUCUUGUGGCAUCAAUUAGUUAGCCCCAGUAUUCUAUUAAUACGAAAAACAGACGUUCUAGCGCAUUGGAAUGAAAAUACCGAUUUAAUGCCACUUGCGACAAUGGAUCAAAAGUGGCGAAAACUCAAUGUCCUUGGGCAAGUUGUAAAUAUGAUACGAGAAUCAAUGAGCCAAAGGAAACAACCUAACAGUACGACUACUGGAGCGACUCACAUUCGCAUUCCGGCGUCUUACCAAGCAGGCAUUACGUUGGUCAUGUGUGCCGAUUCUGCCGCAGCCACCGAAUUGUUACAUGCAGAACAGCUACCACUGCUCUAGUCUUGUCGAUCAAAAAUUAAUAAGCCGGACUGGCCCACUUCAUUUACAAC